UUGCCCGUAAUUUCCUCAUGGCGCUUUAAAUUCCAGGCCAGUACGCUACCGCCGGAGAAGCUACUGAGCGCUAGCAAAGUGAAGACGUCUUUAGAGCAAGCACCGAAAGCACUUCCGAUAACGGACGCUUUGUUCUGUGAGCGAAUGCAACCCGAUGGUCCUUACAUGGCCGAUCAUCGCAAAGGUGAUGUAGAAAUGGAUUUCGUCAAUCAGUUAAUUACGAAUGUCUUGGACAUCGUGAAUGGGGCUGGCAGUACAGAGCUAGAACUGAAGAUCACAUUGGACAGAGAGGAUAAUGGUCUACCAAAAGUAAAGUUUGAACUGAUACCAAAGUCACGAUUGAAGAAUCCAAUUGAGCGACUGAAUCGUGCUUAUGUACAGUAUGCAAAGGUAUGUGUUCAGUGUCUAUUGUAA